AUCUCGUUGUGAUGUUUACACACAGUUUCGCACGUGUUUACACCACGAAGUUAUAUACCAUCACUUGCAUUUGGCUUGCAUCAUUUACACCGGGAUAGACGACAAACUAUACCAGAAUUGACCAAGUUUUGCUUGAAGACCGACAGCGUGAAACUGCUCAGAAAUCGCUGCUUGACAUUUAUUACUUCCUGAUAUUAUUUCCAACUAAGCAUUGAUUGGACAGAUAUUAUACUACUAGUCGUGUUUAAAUUUGAAGAACAUUUAUAAAAUGUUGCAGUCUAUAAAGCACAAACUUGGGGGUAUGAAAAUAGUUUUGGCAAGCGGAUCUCCAAGGAGAAAAUUGAUCUUAGAAAAUGGGGGUUUACAAUUUGAAGUAAUUCCAUCAACUUUCGAAGAAAAUUUAGACAAGGCAAGUUUUUCCCAUGCCUAUGAAUAUGUCAUGGAGACUGCAAAAAGAAAAACUGUGGAAGUAGCAGAAAAGCUGAGAAGUGAGCAGAGGUUACCAGAUCUUAUCAUUGGAGCUGACACAGUUGUUACUAUGGAUGACAAAAUUUUUGAGAAACCCAGGGAUAAACACCAUGCCUUUGAGAUGCUGUCAGGCUUCAGUGGGAGAAAUCAUUCUGUGUACACAGGAGUUAUUCUUUUGAUACCAGAUUCCUCCACUAUAAAACCUGUAGAGGAUAGCACAAUCAAGACAACUGUGCAGGACGGAUUUUCAAUCACACAGUUUUAUGAAGUGACAGAAGUUUUAAUGGGAUCUUUGACCCCCGAGGUCAUCACUGCUUAUAUAGAAACAGGAGAACCUAUGGACAAAGCUGGAGGUUAUGGUAUCCAAGCUAAAGGAGGUACUUUAGUGGAAACAGUGCGUGGUGAUUACUUCAAUAUUAUGGGAUUUCCACUUCAUAAAUUUUGUAAGGUUUUGUGUGCAAUGCUCUCUGACAAGAAAUCUUAGCAGGAACAAUCAGAGAAAAUGACUCAAAGGAUUUCUUAUACACUUUAAGCAGCACUUGGAAGGUUUUUGUGUUUACAAGACAUAUGAGUGAGAACAACGAGAAGAAUAUUGACUGAGGGUUUAUUCAUGCCCAGCACAGUGGAAUUCUUUCCUGUACUAAUUAAGUCAGUAAAUAAUUAAACUUUGGUCACAGCACUCUCUUUUCACAUUAAUCUUAGUCGUAGUAUUUAACAGCAAAGAUGGUCCUACCUGCAGUCAGUAAUAAUAACAAUAACAAUAAUAAUAAUAAUA